AUGCUAAUAACAGACCUCCCGCUCCGCUCCCACCCAGGCUCCCCGCCCCAGUCGGGGUCCCCCUGGCGAGCGCGCGGGCUGGGCCUAGGUGAAUAUAUUAUGGGGCGCAACAGGUCGGGUCGUCCGGCCGGGGCCAGCGGAGGCCCCUCGCCGCGCCUCGCCCGCCGUCCCUCCGACCCCGAGCGGCCGCUCCCGGGGAUCUCGGAAGAGGUGUCGGUUCGCUGGGAGUCGGAAGACCCCAUCGCCACCCAGUGCCCCGACCAAGGGUGCUUCUCACUGGCAUCUGGGAGGAGAGAAGAACGCGGAGGAUGGUGCACGCCUGCUGCUCUCCACGCUGAGCGAGACGGGGGUUCGUCUCCGCUCCCGGGGUUCACUCAGCCAACUAGUUGUGCAGCCACAGGGACUGAACUUUGGAGGCAUCGUCCUUUUCUUUCAUUCCUUUUAAGCCUAUCGGAGGUGGUAGCGGGAGGUGAAGCCGAGUCAGCCGACCCCGCCGCGAUGCUGGUGAAGAAGCACGCAGGGAAAGGAGGGGGCCGGGAGCCCGGAUCCGAGGACCCGAGCCCCGCCGGCCAGCGUUGUGUCCGGGCCAUACCCCCGUGCGCGGUCCUGGCGGCCCUCUUGUCAGUGGUGGCCGUGGUGUCCUGUCUGUACCUGGGGGUGAAAACCAACGACCUCCAGGCGAGGAUCGCCGCUCUCGAAUCGGCCAAAGGGGCUCCUUCCAUUCGUCUGCUGCCGGAAACCCUGGAUCAGCUCAAGGCCGUGGUGCAAGAGAGAGUGGAGCGACUCCUGGCUCAGAAAUCCUAUGAACAUAUGGGUAAAAUAAGAAUCGCAAGAGAAGCACCUUCAGAGUGCAACUGCCCAGCAGUUGAUAAAGAGCACUGGGAGCCAAGCAGUCAACCAAAAGAUGUUGAGAUCACAAAGAUUUCUGUAUCUUACUCAUCAGUAGUGCUGCCUGCCCAGGGUAUUAGAUGUAAUAACCUCCAUGGUGUAAUGGAUGGGGAACGUGAAUGA